AUGGCCGAUUCAAGUAGCAAAACUGCAGACAAGUUGGAGCAUCAGCGGAUUUGGGAACAAGGAGAUCUGCUCAUCGAGGGGUUUAGAAGACUGAAAACCAAGUAUGAGCGUCCCACCCAUCUGUGCCACGAUCCCGAGUCUAUCGAAGAACCUCUCUCGAGUUCGCGAAUUGACGAAUCCCCCUUAGACGUGAAGGAAGGACUCUUGAACCAGUUAGAGUUCCAAUCCUUGCCCACCCUGCACCGUCAAAUCACCAACCUCUCGCACUCACUGAAGCCGCUUGGCUUACUGAAACAACCAGAGUCAAAAUUCCAGGUCGUCUCACUGAUCCAAUCGGAACUCGAACAAACCAUAGACCAAAUCAACGCUUCCAUUAUUGUCAUCUGCCCACAACCUAUAUCUGCACCGAACCGAGUCGAUGACCAGCAUCUCAAUCAAUUCAAAUCGUCUAGGCUCCAAAGCCUGAAAGCCAAGUUCCACGAAACCUCUCAGAAUAUUUGUCUAGUCUUCAGGAGUGCCCAUGAACUGCUUGAACAAGUGAAGUGGACACCAGACGAACUAAGCCGACUGCAUUAUACGCACUUUCCGGGGGACUGGUUGGUCAACGAAGUAUUUGAGUCUCUCCAGUGGACUAUAGAAUGCAUAAGAGGAAGCGAAUUGGGAAUUGCUCAAAGGGAUUGGCUACCGGACCUGGAUGGUAUCGACCGGUUGUUAUGUGAAACCAGGAUGUUGGUUGAUCCAAUAAUCCACUACAGACGAGAUGGUCGAGCCCAUAGGAAGCUCGUCCGCAAACCAGUCAUCCACCUUGCUAAAUUGGCAAUCCCACUCAUCAAGAUUUCGAAGUUAUUUUUCACCAAACUAUCGAAGCGCGGCUUGAAUAACAGACAACUUCCACGAUUCACGGAGAUGUGUUCGGACCAACUCGAAUCUUUGGCUGGAUCGCUUGGAAAUCUCACAAGCGAUAUCCUGCAACUCCUGCUUCUCCUGGACAAAGCUGACGAGGCUCACGGAGCUGUGACUAGCCAUCAGUUGGUAGAAAUAGCUGCAUGUAUUAAGGGACGUUUCGAAGCUCCACUGCUGGUUUUAAUGCUUUAUAUCGUCCCAGACAUCCCAGAUAAUGAUGGUUCUAGUGAUCAAAUCUAUUACAAAAAUUGGUUUGUCACUUGGAACACUCAGCGGAUCUUGGCCACCGAGAACUUCCUUAAUGCUGCUAAAUCAUUCGAAACCGAUCAACUUCAUCUUGAGCUUGCUACAGUCCAAAUUGUUGGAUAA